UGCUGAUGAGCAGUCAUUAUCACCACAAUCAAAGUGAAUGAAUCCCAUGAAGACUUAGACAAAUUUCUUUCUUUUUUCUUGCUUCUUUUUUGACUCUCUGUGCUGCUCUGAGAAAGGUGCAAAACUACUUAUGAUGACAACUUCUUCUUCUUCAUACUUAAGUUUUUCUGUCAUCCAUUUUCUUGCCUCCUCCUCCUCCUGUUUCAUCAGAGGUUUCUGAGUGUUUGUUUUUUCUGCUGCAAUUCAGUGAUGUCUUCUUCAGAGAUUUGUUUUGGGUUUACUUUGAAGGAUGGAUGCUUCUAUGCCAUUAGGGGGUGUUUGGGUGUGGCAAAGGAAUUUCAGAAGUUGGCUCUGUAAUCAACUACAAAUCCAACUCUUUCAGGAAUCCAAAGAAGAUAGAAGCCAUGGCCAGUGAUCUAAACACACGACUCUCAAAGAAAACAAAUCUUUUUGGUCUCCAAGUGUGGGAGCUCAUAGGAAUUGGAGUAGGCCUCGUCAUCCUCUCCAUCCUCUGCCUCCUCUCACUCUGUUUAACUUCACUUAAGAAGAAGUCAAAAAAGCCAACAAACAGCUUCCCUCUCACUCAAAUCCCAACUCUUUCAAAGGAAAUAAAGGCAGUGGAAGACAACAUAACAAUCCACAUGGGGAAGGAGAAGAGUUACAGCAGUGAAUCAGGGUCAUUUCUUCAUCCAUUGGCUUUUGGCUAUGGAUCUCAGUCAGGGGAUGAAGGCAGCUCUGGCACUGUCACAAUGUACAGACCCUUUUCGUCGUCCCCGACCACGGUGGUCCGUUCGCCACUGGCCGGGCUGCCGAACGUGGCUCGGUUGGGGUGGGGCUACUGGUUUACUCUGAGAGAGCUGGAUCUUGCCACAAACUUGUUCUCCCAAGAGAAUGUCAUUGGGGAAGGUGGGUAUGGAGUUGUGUAUAGAGGAUGCUUGCUCAAUGGGACACCAGUGGCAGUCAAGAAGAUUCUCAAUAGCCAGGGCCAAGCAGAGAAGGAAUUCAGAGCGGAAGUAGAAGCAAUUGGGCAUGUGCGCCACAAGAAUUUGGUUCGUCUUCUGGGAUACUGCAUUGAAGGGACUCAUAGGAUGCUUGUUUACGAGUAUGUAAACAAUGGAAGCUUAGAGCUGUGGCUGCAUGGAGGAAUGGGAGAGAAUACACAUCUUACGUGGGACGCUCGCAUGAAGAUCAUGCUCGGGACUGCCAAAGGGCUUGCGUACUUGCAUGAGGCAAUCGAGCCAAAGGUUGUGCAUCGAGACAUCAAAGCAAGCAACAUUCUAAUAGACGAGAAUUUCAAUGCCAAGCUAUCAGACUUUGGGCUGGCCAAGUUGAUGGAUGCUGGGAAGACUCAUGUUACAACACGAGUUAUGGGCACAUUUGGAUAUGUAGCUCCUGAAUAUGCAAAUACCGGGCUUUUGAACGAGAAGAGCGAUGUGUAUAGCUUUGGAGUUGUGCUGGUAGAGACAAUCACAGGAAGAGAUCCAGUGGACUAUGAACGUCCACCCAAACAGGUGAAUGUGGUAGAUUGGCUUAAAAUGAUGAUUGGAAGUAGAAGAUGUGAAGAAGUGGUGGACCCAAAGAUAGGAGAAAGGCCAUCCACGAGAGGGCUGAAAAGAGUGCUGUUGGUUGCAUUGAGAUGUGUGGAUCCAGAUUUUGACAACAGACCAAAAAUGGCCCAAGUCGUUCGAAUGCUUGAAUCUCACCAUUAUUCUUCUCAUUCUCAUAGACCUUCCUCCUAAUGAAUUUUCGUAAUGUCUAUUUUAGUCAUUGCAUACUUCAAA